GAAUAGUAUUAGUUUGAACAUAAAGACAAAAUAUCCAUUACAAAGCAUGAUUAUUUGAUUUACACACGGAUCCUUAAUGUGACAUGAACGUGAAUUCGCUUUAGUGGAUAAUGAUUAUGAUGAUGAUGAUGAUUAUUAUCAAACAUUCAUGGUGUAUACACCAGGAACUUAUUAAAAUUAUAUAUUAGAUUUAUUCUGUUUGUUUUAAAAAUAUGACAACUUAAAAUCAUGUACAUUCUAUGUAAAGGUUGGAUAACUUUAAUAUUUAUGAGCUUAUUUAUUUGGAGAGCGAAUACAUAUAAAGCAGAACAAAUUAUACGUCGGGGUCCUGGUCAAGAUCCACAAUGUGCAGAUCCUUUAAUCAAAUCAAUUGAUACAUUUCCAGAUACUUCAUUUUCAUCUAGUAGUGUUUGGAAGAAUGCCACUGAUUUUCAACCAUUUCGGGCUAGAUUAACAGAAGUUUAUGGAAGUAAUGAGCAUACAAGUGGUUAUGCAUGGUGUCCAAAUACACAUGUUGAAGAUGGUCUACGUGAAUGGAUUCAAGCAGAAUUUUCACAUUUAGUCAUUAUUAGUGUUAUAUUUACAGCUGGACGUGGUGACGGAAAUGUAAAAGAAUAUAUGCCAAAUUUUGUUUUACGUUAUCAACGGGAAGAUAAUGGUGUAUGGUAUGAACAUGUAAAAACUGAUGGUACACGAGUCCUAAAAGCUAAUAAUGAUCCACGAAAUAUUGCUAGAACUACACUUGAUUCAGUAGUUAUUGCUAAACGUGUACGUAUUUACCCUUAUAGUCAUCGGUCAAGGCAACAAGUUUGCUUACGAUUUGCAUUGUAUGGAUGUGAUUUCCCAGAUGGUGUCAUAUCUUAUUCAAUGCCUCAAGGUGAUACUAUCACAUAUGGUCGACAAUUAUUAUUCGGUUCACCUUAUUCUACUAUUCCACAAAAUUUUCAAGAUUUAACUUAUGAUGGUCAAUUGAUUGAAUUAGAAAAUCAAUUAGUCGGUGGAAUAGGUCAAUUAAUGGAUAAUAUUGCCUAUUUAGGCAAUGUUACUCAACAUUCAGAUUCUCAUCCAGCUCAACCUGGUUUUCAUUUUAUUGGUUGGAAUGUUCCAAAUAAAAAUUUACGUAUUCUUUUUAAAUUUGAUGAAGUUCGGACUUUUAUUUGGUUACGUAUAUUUACAUUCGAUUCUGUCCCAUUGAAAUCACGUGUAUUUUCACAAGCUAUCGUUGAAUUCAGUAUGGAUGGAAAGAAUUUUGAUAAAUCCAUUGAAAUUUCAACUAAUCAUGCACGUCUAAUUGAUCCAAAUCAAAUUAAUCCAACACGAUUAUCUAUAUCUGAUAAUGAUAUACAAUCGUCAUCAUCAUCAUUAUCUAGAUUGAAAAGAGCAUCAAAUUCAAUGCACAAUGGAUUAAAUCAAGAUACUAUAAUUUAUAAUAAUCAUGAAUGGGAUGGUGCAUUAGUGAUACAAAUCCCAUUAGCCAGUUAUAGAGCACGUUAUGUUAGCCUGACUUUAACAUCAGCUGAUUCAUGGAUUUUAUUAUCUGAAGUACAAUUUAAUUCAACUAUUGUACAGCCUCAAUCUCUACUACCAUUAUCAUCUAAUGAAGAGAUUAAUAAUGGUAAUAAAUCACUUGAUAAUGCUGAUGAUACUUCAAACCAUUUAGAUAAUUCACAGAAGAAAUUAUUCAAUACAGAUGAAAAUUCAUUUCGUGCUUCUCCAAUAAUAGGUGAUCAUUCAGAAAUGUUAAAUAAACAAGAUAUAAGAAACCCUAAUAAACCCAUGAAUCCAGAAAUUCAUUCACCAAUAAGUGUUGGCAAUGAGAAGUCGCUUACAUCGAAUCAUGAAAUUCGUUCAGCUGAAGAUAAUCUUGGUAAUCAUAAUGAAAAGUAUUAUUCUACAUCUUCUUCGUCAACAUCAAUCUCAUCAUCGUCAUCAUCAUCAACGCAACUAUCUCAAAUUAUUGUCAUUGUAUCUUAUGUACUAGGCGCUAUACUCUCUUUAUUCAUUUUACUAGCUAUAAUAAUUAUUAUACAAAGAAAAUGUAAACAUUAUUUACAUUUUAAACAUCAAUGUUGUAAACAAUUAAAAGUUGAAACAACAGGGGGAAUUUCAUCGAAUCAAUCCGGUGGAUUUUAUUCACCAAUUUCUUUAAUUGGUACUUGUGGAAGUACUAAUCAUCAUCCUCAUGGAGUUAAUAGUUUAUUAAAUUAUAAUGUUGUAAAUACAAUGAAUAUACCGGAAGCUGCAAAACUUUUACAAUCCUUGUCUACAUUAUCACCUAAUACAAGAACAACGUUAACAACUACAACAACAGCUAAUUUUGUACAUAAUAAUAAUAACUGUUUACUGAAUAAUAGUGGAAAUGUUGGCGGUGUCGGCGUCGGCGUCAAUCAUGCUGUUCUACAUCAUCCAAAUAACAUAUUACAAUAUACUGUGAAUAAUAAUAAUAGUAAUAAUUUAGCCACAGAAAAUAACUCAAUCAUUGUAAAUAAUAACAAUAAUCGAUUAUUCGGUACAACAUGUGCUAAUAGUAUUGCUGGGGUUGGGGAUGGCCGUAUAAGUAAAUUAGAUUAUGCAUCUACAAUUGGUCAACCCCUACCACCUCCACCUCCCCCCUCACUAUCAAAUGGUUUAUUACUGCCUUGUAUACCUCAAACUGGUGUUGUUGUCGGUGGUAUUGGCAUGAACCAUCAUAAUCAUGUUGAAACAACUGAUCAGCAUCAUCAUCAAAUCAUUGAACAACCAACAAGUAUGUAUAUACAAACUAAUGCUGCUAAUCGAUUGACUACUACUACUUCAUUGGUUGGAAAUGAUUUGAAUAGUUUAAAUGGAAUGAGUCCUGAAUAUGCUAGUGCAUCUAUAUUCGGUUUCACACCACCACCAUCGGAUCUAUCAGAUGGAGCAUCUAUUCAUUGUGGAGAGAAUAAUAAUAAUAGUGGUAAUAAUAAUAUUCCAUCGAAUUAUUACCGUCCAAUUAUUUCAAGACUUGGUAAUAAUCAACAUCAUCCAAUAUCUGGUUUGAUGCCUAAUUUAAAUCCCAAUUACAAUGGACCUCUUAGUACAUUAUCGAAUACAGGAGGACCAACUUAUGAAAUGCAUACAAAAAUGCAUAUUUUAUCUAACGACAUAAUCAAUAAUAAUAAUAGUAAUAGUGAACAAUUUUAUUCAUCAACCGUAAAUCAACCAAAUGCUUCAACAGGAUUUUUAUUUCUUCCACGUUCACAAAUUGGAAAUUUUGGAGGAGGCGAAGGUGGCACCAUAAUGAAUCGAAUGUCAUUUCCUACUAAUCAAUUUCCACAGUUAAAUCAUAAUGGAUUUAUAUCUGUAACAAGUGGAGAUUUAUAUAAUAUCUAUCAAACAACUGGAAUAAAUCUACCAAUUCAAUCAAAUUUACAGACAUCUCUACAACAACAACAACAACAACAACAACAACAGCAAAUGUACUGUCAACAACAACAGCCAAGUGAAUAUAAGUUUAUUAAACAAUCUGAUGGUAAUACAACAUGGCAAUUAGCAUCAACAUUAUCGAAUAAUCGACAAUCAAUGAUUAUCAAUUCGACACCUCCGCAGAUAUCACCAUUCACCGAACAAUGUUUGGAUUCUUCAUGGACUGGUACCGUAAAUAAUAAUAAUAAUAAUAAUAAUAAUAAUAAUAAUAAUAAUAAUAAUAAUAAUUCUCAUAGAAUAACAAAUAUGACAGAUACAAAUAUAAUGGGUACAAUGAAAGCUAACUAUUUUCUCCCUAUUAUGAAUACUUCAACUACACUAAAUAAUAAUAAUAAUGAUAAUAAUAAUAAUAAUCCUAAACAUGAUGAACAACAAGCUGCACAGUCAUAUUUUCUUGCAAAUCAUCAACAAGGGAAACAGCAACAAAUUACUUAUCCUUCAUUUCCUCCUCCACCGCCAAGAAUACUUACUUCAAUAAAUUCAGGGAUAAUAUCAACUACAUCACCAUCAACAACCAUUACAUCACAGACAUCAUCAAAUGAACUAAAUUUUUCUUGUAGUAGUCCAGUUAGUGCAACAGUGGCAAUAACAACAAUGUCAACAGAAUCUGGAGCUACGAAUGGGGAUGGAGGUGGUGGUUAUACAAUAAUUGAUGAAAAUACAAUAUCUGAUCCUCCUGUACCAUUUUAUUCUGUAUGUUUAUGA